GGGCCGGGGCGCGCGGAGCCGGGAGCGCGGGGCGCCGGCCGGUGGGACCGAGGCGGACAGGCGGCGAGCCGGGCCCGCCGACCCCGGCGCGCGGCCCCUCGGCCGAGCCGACCCCUCGGCCGGAGGAUGUCGGCGGGCGGCCGCGACGAGGAGCGGCGGAAGCUGGCCGACAUCAUCCAGCACUGGAACGCCAACCGACUGGACCUGUUCGAGAUCAGCCAGCCCACCGAGGAUUUGGAGUUCCACGGAGUGAUGAGGUUUUAUUUUCAAGAUAAAGCCGCCGGGAACUUCGCCACGAAAUGCAUCCGGGUGUCCAGCACCGCCACCACCCAGGACGUGCUGGAGACGCUGGCCGAGAAGUUCCGGCCCGACAUGCGCAUGCUGUCCUCCCCCAAGUACUCGCUGUACGAGGUGCACGUCAGCGGAGAAGAAAGAAGAUUGGAUAUAGAUGAGAAACCCCUGGUGGUGCAGCUGAACUGGAAUAAAGAUGACCGAGAGGGCAGGUUUGUCCUUAAGAACGAGAACGAUGCUGUUCCUGCAAAGAAGGCUCAAAGUAAUGGACCUGAAAAGCAGGAAAAAGAAGGUGUUAUCCAGAACUUCAAGAGAACUCUCUCAAAGAAGGAAAAGAAGGAAAAAAAGAAGAGAGAAAAAGAGGCAGUGAGACAGGCGUCUGAUAAAGAUGACAGACCUUUCCCUGGGGAUGACAUUGAGAAUUCGCGCCUGGCCGCUGAGGUCUACAAAGACAUGCCCGAGACCAGCUUUACGCGAACCAUCUCCAACCCUGAGGUGGUCAUGAAGCGGCGGCGGCAGCAGAAGCUGGAGAGGAGGAUGCAGGAGUUCCGGAGCUCGGACGGGCGGCCGGACUCGGGUGGAACAUUGAGAAUUUAUGCAGAUAGUUUAAAACCAAAUAUUCCCUACAAGACGAUCCUGCUGUCCACUACAGACCCUGCGGACUUUGCUGUGGCCGAAGCCUUGGAGAAGUACGGCCUGGAGAAAGAGAACCCCAGGGACUACUGCAUCGCCCGUGUCAUGCUUCCUCCUGGAGCCCAGCAUUCUGAUGAAAAAGGUGCUAAAGAAGUUAUCCUUGAUGAUGACGAGUGUCCUUUACAGAUCUUCAGGGAAUGGCCGAGUGACAGAGGGAUUUUAGUCUUUCAGUUGAAGAGGAGGCCGCCAGACCACAUCCCAAAGAAAAGUAAGAAGCACACGGACGGGAAGCCCCUUCAGGGGAAGGAGAGAGCCGAUGGGUCGGCCUAUGGCUCCACCCUGCCCCCCGAGAAGCUGCCCUACCUCGUGGAGCUGAGCCCAGGGAGAAGGAACCACUCGGCCUGCUACGGCUCUCACGCUUCCGAAGACGGUUCUGACUCCAGAGACAAGCCAAAGCUCUACCGCCUUCAGCUCAGCGUCACGGAGGUGGGGACUGAGAAGUUCGACGACAGCUCCAUCCAGUUGUUUGGUUCAGGCAUUCAACCCCAUCACUGUGACCUCACGAAUAUGGACGGGGUGGUCACAGUCACGCCGAGAAGCAUGGACGCUGAGACCUACGUGGACGGGCAGCGCAUCUCGGAGACCACGAUGCUGCAGAGCGGGAUGAAGGUGCAGUUCGGGGCGUCCCACGUGUUCAAGUUCGUGGACCCCAGCCAGGACCACACGCUCCCCAAGAGAUCCGUGGACGGGGGCCUGACUGUGAAGGGCCCCAGACAUAAGUCUGGAAUUGUUCAGGAGACAACUUUUGAUUUAGGAGGAGAUGUUCACAGUGGAAUGGCCUUACCAGCGAGCAAGAGCACCGCCAGGCUGGACAGCGACAGGACGCCGUCCACCUCCAGCACCGCCGAGCGGGGGAUGGUGAAGCCGAUGGUCCGCGUGGAGCAGCAGCUGGACUACCGCCGGCAGGACAGCAGAACUCAGGAUGCUCCCGGGCCUGACCUGAUUCUGCCUGCAAGCAUCGAAUUCAGGGAAAGUUCUGAAGACUCAUUUUUAUCCGCCAUUAUAAACUACACUAAUAGCUCCACGGUGCAUUUUAAGCUGUCGCCCACUUACGUGCUGUACAUGGCGUGUCGGCGCGCACUGUCCCGCCAGCACAGACCCGACGCCAGCCCCGCGGAGCGCACGCACACAGUCACGGCCCUCGUCAACAAGAUGGUGAGCAUGAUGGAAGCGGUGAUCCAGGAAGUAGACCAGGUUGAUCAGAAACAGAAGAACAUUGCAGGGGCCCUUGCCUUCUGGAUGGCCAACGCGUCCGAGCUGCUCAACUUCAUCAAGCAGGACCGAGACCUCAGUCGGAUCACAUUGGAUGCACAGGACGUCCUGGCACACUUGGUACAGAUGGCCUUUAAGUACCUGGUUCACUGUCUUCAGUCAGAGCUGAAUAAUUACAUGCCCGCUUUUCUGGACGACCCCGAAGAGGACAGUCUGCAGAGACCAAAAAUAGACGACGUGCUGCACACGCUCACGGGCGCCAUGUCCCUGCUGCGUCGUUGCCGGGUCAAUGCCGCGCUGACCAUCCAGCUCUUCUCCCAGCUCUUCCACUUUAUCAACAUGUGGCUGUUCAACCGGCUGGUGACCGACCCCGAGUCGGGGCUUUGCUCCCACUACUGGGGCGCCAUCCUCCGCCAGCAGCUUGGGCACGUGGAGGCCUGGGCCGAGAAGCAGGGCCUGGAGCUGGCGGCUGACUGCCACCUGAGCCGGAUCGUGCAGGCAACCACUUUGCUUACGAUGGAUAAGUACGCACCUGAUGACAUUCCAAAUAUAAACAGCACCUGCUUCAAGUUAAAUUCACUGCAGCUCCAAGCCUUACUGCAGAAUUACCACUGUGCACCCGAUGAGCCUUUUGUCCCUGCGGACCUGAUCGCAAACGUGGUGGCCGUGGCUGAGAACACGGCGGACGAGCUGGCACGCAGCGACGGGCGGGAGGUGCGGCUGGAGGAGGACCCUGACCUGCAGCUGCCCUUCCUCCUGCCCGAGGAUGGCUAUUCCUGCGACGUCGUCAGGAACAUCCCCAGCGGCCUGCAGGAGUUCCUGGACCCUCUCUGCCAGAGAGGGUUUUGCAGGUUAAUUCCUCACCCACGCUCCCCAGGCACCUGGACGAUAUAUUUUGAAGGCGCAGAUUACGAGAGUCACCUUUUGCGGGAGAACACAGAACUGGCGCAGCCUCUGCGUAAAGAACCUGAAAUCAUCACUGUGACCCUCAAAAAGCAGAACGGAAUGGGCCUUAGCAUUGUAGCUGCAAAGGGUGCUGGUCAAGACAAACUUGGGAUUUACGUCAAGUCCGUUGUGAAAGGAGGCGCUGCGGACGUGGACGGGCGGCUCGCCGCGGGUGACCAGCUGCUCAGCGUGGACGGACGGAGUCUGGUGGGACUCUCUCAAGAAAGGGCAGCAGAACUGAUGACAAGGACAAGCUCCGUCGUGACGCUUGAAGUAGCAAAGCAAGGAGCCAUUUACCACGGCCUCGCCACCCUGCUCAACCAGCCUUCCCCUAUGAUGCAGAGAAUUUCAGAGCGCCGUGGGUCAGGUAAACCCCGACCAAAGAGCGAAGGCUUUGAGCUGUACAACAACUCAGCUCAGAACGGGUCCCCGGAGAGCCCGCAGACGCCCUGGGCCGAGUACAGCGAGCCCAAGAAGCUGCCGGGCGAUGACCGGCUGAUGAAGCACAGGGCGGACCACCGCUCCAGCCCCAACGUCGCAAAUCAGCCUCCCAGUCCUGGAGGGAAGAGUGCGUAUGCCUCGGGAACAGCAGCCAAGAUCACAUCUGUCUCCACGGGGAACCUCUGCGCUGAGGAGCAGACACCUCCGCCCCGCCCGGAAGCCUACCCCAUCCCCACGCAGACGUCCACCAGGGAGUACUUCACCUUCCCGGCCUCCAAGUCCCAGGACCGCGUGGUGCCCCCGCAGAGCCAGUGGCUGGGUUUCGAGGAGAAGCCCCACGUGCUGGCAGACGGAAACCACUCCAGCGCUGCCAUCCAGCGUGUGACCCGCUCCCAGGAGGAGCUCCGCGAGGACGCCUACCACCCCGAGCGGCAGCGGGCGGAGGCGGCUGCGGAUCGCAGGUCGGACGGCGGCGACGCCUGGCCCACCCAGGGCUCGUCACUGGGUUCCGGGGCGUCCAGCCAGGAGCACCUGGGGCCCCCCUCCAAGGCGGGUACCCCCGCCUCCACGCUCACCAAGAGCGGCCCCGGGCGCUGGAAGACCCCGGCCGCCUCCCCGCCCGUUCGGACCGACCAGGCCCUGCCGCCACCGCCGCCCCCCGGGUCCUACGCCGGGGAGGCGGACGCAGACGCGGACUCCCCCCCGCCUCCCGCCGCCGCCACUGCCGCCGCCCAGGCACAGGCGGCCGCCGAGCGCAAGAAACGAGAGGAGCAGCAGCGCUGGUACGAGAAGGAAAAGGCGCGCCUGGACGAGGAGCGCGAGCGCCGGCGCCGGGAGCAGGAGCGCCGGCUGGGCCAGCUGCGCGCGCCCGCGCCACCCCCCGCGCCCGCCCGCGCGCCCGACACGGUGAUCCGCGAGCUGCAGCCGCAGCAGCAGCCGCGCACCAUCGAGCGCAGAGACCUGCAGUACAUCACGGUCAGCAGGGAGGAGCUGGCCUCCGGAGACAGCCUGUCCCCUGACCCCUGGAAGCGCGAUGCGCGCGAGAAGUUGGAGAAGCAGCAGCAGCUGCACAUCGUGGACCUGCUGAGCCGCGAGAUCCAGGAGCUGCAGGGCAAGGCCGAGCGCUCGGCCGAGGAGAGCGACCGGCUGCGCAAGCUGCUGCUGGAGUGGCAGUUCCAGAAGCGGCUGCAGGAGUCCAAGCAGAAGGACGAGGACGACGAGGAGGAGGAGGACGAUGACGUGGACACCGUGCUGCUCAUGCAGCGCCUGGAGGCCGAGCGCAGAGCGCGGCAGACUGCUAUGCCAGCAAUCUCUGUUCUAGAUUUGUUGCAGGAUGAGGAGCGGCGGCGGCAGCAGCAGCUGGAGGAGAUGCGGACGCGGGAGGCGGAGGAGCGCGCACGGCAGGAGGAGCAGCGGCGCCGGCAGGAGGACGAGCGGGUCAGGCGCGAGGCCGAAGACAAGAGGCGGCAGGAGGACGGCUACUACAGCCGCUUGGAGGCCGAGCGGCGCCGACAGCAUGAGGAGGCCGAGCGCCGGCUGCUGGAGCCCGAGGAGCCGGACCUGGGCCGCCCGCCGCUCCCGCGCGGCUAUGAGCCCGCCGGCCCGCCGCCACCGCCCCAGCGCACCGCCUCCUACCUGCAGACGCAGGCCUUCUCCCCGGACGCUCUCUACACCGCCAAGUUCGUGGCCUACAAUGAGGAGGAGGACGAGGAUGACGAGCCGGCAGGUCAGGACAGGCCCUCCGGGCGGAGGGCGCGCCCGGUCUCAGAUGGCAUCUUCCUCACCGGCCCAUUCCAGCCGCCCCCGCCCGGCGCCAGCAGGACAGGGCCCGGGGCCGGCCCGCCCCCGCCCCCUCCCUCCAAACCCGGCCCCGCCCGGCCCGGCCAUUCCGGAGGUCGAGGAACAAACUCUUACGUGGGACCUGCUGGGACAGUUUUUGGAGCCCAUGAUGUUUAUCGGGACCCGAGAGAGAGACCGCCUAAGAGCCACGAAGCAGAUGUCCCCGGGGGUCCCGGAGCCCCUGAAAACCUGACGUUCAGGGAGCGCCAGCGCCUUUUCUCCCAAGGCCACGACGUCUCCAAUAAAGUCAAGGCCUCUCGCAAGUUAACAGAGCUGGAGAACGAGCUGAACACGAAGUGAGGUGGCCCUGUGCCCAGCCUGGCCCCUCGGGGUCCUGGUGACGGCGCAGCCUGAGGACCCAGGUCCCAGGGAGCCUGCUUCUGGAAGGCUUGGCAUGUGGAAGAGUUCCAUCGCUAAGAAAUUCCGCUUUACUUUACCAAGAGGUGGUCAUUUCUACAGUCUCUAGACACUGUCUUCUUAACGACCUGACUCCCAGGAAGGUAGCUUUCCGGUCAGCCUCUUUAGGGUCUGGGUUUGGAAAGGGGCAGAAGAAGAGCCUGAGAUGUGUCUUCACCCCCGUCUCCCCCCAAGGAGCGCAAACAAGUCCUGUUUCUGUUUCUUUUCUAAAACUUGCUGUUCACUAAUCAGAGUAGCUUGAACUCCGCAGACUGUCGUUUGCACUACGUGGCGGCAGCUGCAGCCGCUGCAGGAGGGUCAGCGUGGCCUCGGGAGACCGCGGGCGUGCGCGCACCGAGGAGUGCUGGCCUGCCGUGCCCGCAGCUGGGAGGCAGGCGGGCCUGAGCGUGACCGCUGCGGCGCCGUCCCCUCGGGCAGCCCUCCAAAUCAGCUCUAGUCUUUGAUUAAAACAAGUUUCUCCAAGAAGACAAUUUUGAGGAUUUAAGCUUAGAAAAUUUUAUUUUUAUAAAUACCAGAUGAUUAUUAUGCCAAUAAGUCAUUAGUGAUUUUGAAGAUGGCACGUAAGUUAGAAAGUUAGCUAAAUGUUUCAGCUCUUCCAAGGGAAUCUGUAAAGGAGGAUGUCUGCUAACGGUGUUGGCGUGAAUGGGAACCAAAGUACCUGAGAAGGAUGAGAGCUCAGUAGGCAACACUCACGCACGGCUGUCGCUCAGAAAGAUAAACUCAGAAGAGAACUGGAUUUAUACCGAUCUGCUGUCAGGGAAGGAAGGGUCCAUUGUGUAUGGCAUCUGUAACUGAAAUACUGUAAGAGAGACUCGUGGCAGUUCAGGCUAUUUUUUUACACUCGAAUAGAGUUAUUUAAUUUUCAUGUAUUGAAUUAUUAGUUAGCACUGUCACUUCCUCAGCUGUGAAUAUGUGGCUGGUGUUGGGGAGACGGACCUCACUUUGUUUUAUAUUAUGUGAUGUUAAAACAGUCAGUGAUUUUGUGAUCAUGAGCAGAUUUUCUAUCUGACAACCCCUGCUGCGGCUCUAGGUGACUUCACCGUGGUGUUCUCUUAAGGAUAGGUGUGUUAGGAAGAUAUGCACACUGCCAGAAGGGGAGGGCGUCUGCCCUAGAAGUCACUUUCCUCAGAGCUGUAAGAUAAGUCAUUACAGCGCGCGUGUACAUAUUUUCUGUGUCCGUCAGGGUUCGUAUCUGGAAGUGUGCUUCUCUCAUUUCCCUCGUCAAGUAAGAGAGUAAGCAGUUCUAAGUGUUUAUGAAGGAUCUGCAUGCUUGCGCCUCCCGACGUCUCGGAACACUGGCAGCCUUACGGAGACUGAAUCCACAGCUUCUUUAAAGAGAAACAUGCAGCUGAACUGUUAUCCUGUUAAUAUAUAGAAAAACAACAGACACACAUGAGUACAUGCAAAUACAUGUAAAUAUUUACAUGCAGGGAUAUUUCUAUGUGUGAUUGUAAGCCCGUUCCCGUGGAUUUGGCCGUCCUUGGACGAUUAGGUCAAAUGUGAAUAUGUGUAAAGUGCUUUUCAUGGCUGUGCGUUACUAUGGAGACAACAUCAGACCUGCUGUAGUUUUCCAUUUCUACUGUAUUUCAUUUGCAGCCUAUUUUUAAUAAACUUUGUAUGUAUUUAAGGGUA